AUGUCUUUCUCUCCCGCGAUACGCGUCGCUAGGACCGCAGCACAGCGGUCAACGUCUCUCCUUCGGGCGGUCCAGUUUACGCACCCUCCCAGCUGCCCCUGUCACUCGAACCCGAAUCACCACCAUGGUCCCGCAGUCUUUGGCGAAGCGCGCCGGCGACUGGCCACCCCCAUUGACCACUCCCGUACCAAAGACUAUGCCUUCGAGAUGGCGGCAAGCUCUAUUCGUUUCGGCCCGGGAUGCACGAAAGAGGUGGGUAUGGAUUUUACAAAUAUGGGCGCGAAGAAAGUCUGCGUUGUCACGGACGGGAACGUGGUUAAGCUCGACGCCAUGAAACAAGUCAUUGAAGGACUCACCAGGGAGGGCAUUGAAUUUACGGUCUAUGACAAAUGUCGGGUCGAGCCCAAGGACAGUUCCAUCAAAGACGCAAUCGCCUUCGCGAAGCCCUACCAGCCAGAUGCCUUUCUGGCAGUUGGGGGUGGCUCGGUCAUCGAUACGGCCAAGCUGAUGAACCUCUACACCUGCUUCCCAGAUGCGGACUUCUUGGACUUCGUCAAUGCUCCGCUAGGUAAGGGGCUCCCAAUCACCGGCAAGCUCAAGCCCCUGGUUGCAGUCCCGACCACCGCCGGAACUGGAUCCGAAACAACGGGCACAGCCAUCUUCGAUUUGGUGGAGAAGAAAGCAAAGACGGGCAUCGCGCACCGAAAUCUGAAGCCCACCCUGGGAAUAUGUGAUCCGCUCAACACCCGAACUAUGCCGUCUGCUGUGCACGCCUCAUCCGGCCUCGAUGUUUUGUGUCACUCUCUGGAAUCCUGGACUGCCAUUCCCUACCAUGAACGGUCGCCUCGUCCCAGCAACCCCAUUAAUCGCCCGGCCUAUCAGGGAGCCAACCCAAUCUCCGAUAUCUUCUCACUCAAGGCGCUGCAUUCGACUGUCAAAUACCUCCCGCGUGCGGCCAAGGAUCCGGAUGACUUUGAAGCGCAGAGCGAGAUGUUGCUUGCUGCAACCUUGGCAGGCGUCGGAUUCGGCAACGCAGGGGUCCAUCUGUGUCACGGCAUGAGUUAUCCGAUUAGUGGACAGAACCCAGGUUACAAGCAUGCUGGUUAUCAGAUUGAGAACAACAUUAUCCCGCACGGUGUCAGUGUGGCGGUUACUGCACCAGCUGUUUUCAAGUUUACGGGUGCCAGCAACCCUGAACGCCAUCUUCAAGCCGCCGAAGCCUUCGGUGUUGAUAUUUCUAACGUGAAGAAGGAGAGCGCUGGCGAAGUGCUCGGCGAGGCUAUCGCCAAGUUCCUGGUCGAUCUAGGCGAUCAACCUCGUGGGCUCAAGCCACUCGGGUUUACCGAGUCGCACAUCGAUGAGCUUGUGGAAGGUACCAUCCCACAGAAGCGAGUGCUCAUGUUGGCACCCAGCUUGAGCGAAGAGGUCAACCAAGAACGAGAGCAGCUCCGUAACUUGUUCACCGAGGCUCUGGACUAUUAG